UUACGGUAUACAAAACUUUAAUUAAAACCCAACCGGGGGGUCCCCGCUGGUGCUCCCACUAAUGCCAAGCUCACCUCACGGCCCAAACCCUCGCACUCUUGAUCUCAAACCCUUGGAAACAAGGCGCGGGUUUUCUUGUCAGCUCGAAGGACCGUAUAGAAAUGGCGAAGAAGAAAAGGAAAGCCGAAGCUGAAUCGGACUCAGGACCGAACGCACCGGAUGCACGGCAAAACGAUGUCGAGCUCGUUAAUGGCAACCCUCAUAAGAAGAUCAAGAAGAAGAAGAAGAGAACGGACGAAGAAACACAGGAGAUACCCACUGUCAGCAUAGCCGUGCCCGGUUCCAUCAUCGACAACACCCAAUCUUUCGAACUUGCCACCCGAUUGGCUGGUCAGAUUGCACGUGCGGCUACCAUUUUCCGAAUCGAUGAAGUGAUAGUAUUUGAUAACAAAAGUGAUGGAGUGAACGAUUUUAUGGCUCUGGAUAGUACAGAUGAGAAUGAAAGUGGUGCGGCUUUUCUUGUAAGGAUCUUGCAGUAUCUUGAGACGCCGCAAUAUUUAAGAAGAACUCUCUUCUCAAUGCAUAACAGCUUAAGAUUCGUGGGAAUGUUGCCUCCUCUUGAUGCUCCACACCAUCUGCGGAAGCAUGAGUGGGCCCCAUAUCGAGAAGGUGUCACUCUAAAAGAAAGAUCUGCAGGCUCGGGAACACUCGUUGAUGUGGGUCUAAGUAAGAAUAUUGUCAUUAAUCAAGUAAUGGAACCCCAUAAAAGAGUUACUGUGGCUAUGGGAAUCGACCGCAAUCUGGAUGCUGAUUUACCUCGUGAAAUUGUCUCGUCCUCCAAGCCGAGGGAAGAAGCAGGAAUUUAUUGGGGGUAUAGAGUUCGUUAUGCUUCCAAUAUAAAUUCAGUAUUUAAGGAUUGCCAAUUCAAGGGGGGCUAUGACCAAAUAAUCGGAACCUCAGAGCAUGGUCAGAUUGUUAAUUCAUCAGAUCUGACUAUACCUACCUUUAGGCAUCUGUUGAUUGCUUUUGGUGGACUUGCUGGGUUAGAAGAAAGUAUAGAAGAAGACAACAACUUAAAAGAUAAAGAUGUGCGCCAGGUAUUUGAUUUGUACUUGAACACUUGUCCAAAUCAGGGGAGUCGAACAAUUCGAACAGAGGAAGCAAUUUUUAUUUCUCUUCAGUAUUUCCAAGAGCCCAUAACCCGAGCAUUGCAGAGAGUGGAACUUUAAAGUUACUUGAGUCAAUUAACAGCUAGGUAAUUAGGUAUUUUUGGACUUAUGGGCCUGUGGCCUUACUUGGUGUAAGUCCUCAAUCUGGUAACACCAUUCUGCAGAUCCUAAAUCUGGUUUCAGACAGAUGAAAUACAAAGUAUGCAUAGAAAGGUAUAAUUAUCCCCAUCUGUCUUUAUUUCAAAUCUAGUCCACUUGUUUUAGGCAUUUUGCCAAGAUUUUUAAUUUGUAGUAUGUAGUUCAGUUGUUGAAUUUUGAGCUGUAGAUGGGGGAUGUUGUAACAUAAUGACUUGUUUACUUGAUUUUUCUUACUUGAAACUUCUGGCUGAAGAACAGAAUUGAAGGUUGAUUUGUGGUUC